UUAGACCUUGAUGACUUAACUGUUGAGAAUGCAUUUUCACGAUCAUUUGAUCGAAUAGUAAGACGUCAACUUGAACCAGUUUGGCAUCGUGUUGGUUUAAAGACCAAAUUGUUGGUUGGUGAUCUCACUAUUUUACGGAAAUUACUCACUUAUCUUGUUAGUUAUGAUUGUAUUACAUUUCAUAGUUUUUUGGAAGCCAUAUUAACAAGUCAAACGCCUACAUCUACUUUAAGUCAACAGCAACAAUCACCAUGGAUAUUGACUAAUUCUGGGAACAAUAUAUUUACAGUUAAAGAUUAUGUAGCUAAAAGACGUGUUUAUGUUCGUUCUGGAGUAACUGCUAAAGAUA